CUGAACAUCUAUAUAAAAUCCAUACGAGCCCCAGCUCUUCAGAUCUUCAAUCAAACCUGCAGCUGCAAGUGCCUGGUUCUCUGCGGGUAUAAAACAGCGGCAACAACAUCCCCAGAUCAGCUUAGUUCUUGUCAGUCAAAUCAGUUGGAUCAACUUGAGACGAGCCUUGGAACUUGAAAUCAACUAUGGCCGCCCCGAUCAAUGAAAUGUGGCCAAGGAACAAAGCUACCAAGACUGGCCCCGGGGACAAAGUGGCACCAGUGAAGAAAGAGGCUCUAACCCUGGACCCAGACACGGCCCAUCCCCAGCUGCAGAUCUUGAAGGACGGGAAGGAGGUGAAAUGUGGGACUUCCACAGGGAACGUCAGCUGUGGCCCAAGGAGAUUCGACACGGCCAACUGCGUGGUGACCAAACAGAGCUUCAGCAAGGGGCAGCACUACUGGGAGGUGUACGUGGGCCUGAAGCCGCGCUGGAACCUGGGCGUCGUCUCGGAGUUAGCAGAGAGACGGGGCAAAUUGAUCCAGAUGAAAUCCUCACAGAAGGGGUCUGCUGAGGUCUGCACCGAGGGCUACUGGUUGAUCGGCUACAACAAGCAGAAGGCCGGGAAGCCGUACUGGGCGUUUGACACCAACCCGAUGGCCUUUGACUGUAGCUCCCACCCUGAGAUCAUCGGGGUCUAUCUCGAUUACGCGGGCGGGGAAGUGACCUUCUACAACGCCGAUGACCCCGGUAAUUUGACCCCCCUGUACUCCUUCUACAAUGCUGACUUCAGGAGCGCCCCCGUCUACCCCGUCUUCGACCCCUGCUGGCACGACAACGGGGGCAACGAACAGCCCCUUACAAUCAUGUGAGCAGCUGAUUCGCUAGUGGGGGUGGGGACCAAACCAAUCGCACCCUUGGGGCUACCCGCAUAUACCUCGGGCUAGCCAGCUUCACAGCACUGCUCUGAGCCGCACUAACCUCACCCAGCGACCAGGCAAAGCCGGCACGUUUCGCUCAGACAGGCCGGGGGGCUGGGACGGGGCAGUGAGAAAAAGCAGCGAGCUGAGACCAUGAGAUACUCGCUCGCUAUGGUACAUUCACCCUCCUUCCCAGAGCUAUUGGAGGGGUUUUCCCUUCAGCAACCCACCCCCCCAAGCCCCUUCCUCCAGUGGGUUUGUCUUGAGUAGGGUAAAAAAUGUUUCCUAAUCACAAUAGCUAGGUAGAGAACCCCGGAGUCCUGGCUCCCAGGCCACCCCUGAUUUAACCACUAGACCCCACUCCCCUCCAGCAUUGGGGACAGAACCCAGGAAUGGAAUCCAGAUUGCAUCUGGUGUCGUCAUUCGCACCUGAGCAAAAUGCACAUAAAACGCCAUCCAGAGCAUGAAUGAAGGGACGAGCUCGUGGGGAGGGGUGAAUUCUGCUCUCACAGACACCGAUGUACGUCAGGAGAUACCCAUCAGGGACC